GCAGUGUAGCCGGCUGGCGGUGACUUACACCGGGACUCCAGAGGGAGAAAGGAAGCGCUGCAGGCCACUUGCAUUGCGUCUUCCAGGCUGCGUGGACCUGGCGCCCCGGCGUGUGCGGUUGUGGGGGAGCUCGCCGUGGCGCCCCCUCCCUCUGGCUUUAGCGUCCUUUGGGGUUGGCGCAGGUGGGCCAGGCAGGACACCGCAGAUCUCCAACUUCCCACGAAGGCUGGCUCGCUGUCUCUCUCAGAGGGGGAGGGACCAUCCUAAAAAUAUGUAAAUAUCCAAGCGCUGGCUCCAGCCUGGGGCAGCAGCCAAGGUCCCUGCGCCGCCGCCGGGUGUUUUACAUGAAAAUGAGAAGCCUGAUGGGAACCACGCUCUAACUUAAGGCAGCCUGGUGAUUAGCAUGAGACUGGGCGGCUGUCCUGCUUCCUGCCCUUCAAUAGCCGUUCCGCGCGCUCGCGCCCGAGCAGCGCUGCCACCGCGCGGGGGUCGAUCGCAGGCUCGGCGUCCUUGGCAGCCAUGGCUCCGUCGCCGCCUCGGCCAGUAAGUAGGAGCAUGCAUGUGUAGGGGGCACAUGCGUGUCGGCGCACCCACCCAGCCACCCACCCGCGCGCACGCACGCACAGCGCCCGGAACCUCGGCAAGGGGAAGAUUGACGAGGCGCUGCAGUCGCGGGGACGACGCGGGCUCUUCCUGGAUUCCGCAGGAGCCCGCCCGCCGCAGCUGCUGUCUGCAGAGCCUGCUCGGAUCCUGUGCACACGCGCCCCUCGCUCGAGCCUCUGUGAUGAAGACUGCCUCCCGGGGACUGCAGCGGAGGCAGAGCCAGCCAGCGCCAGGGACUGCGGGCUGUGCGGCUGUUAGGCCCGCGGGGACACGACUCGGACACUGUCAUCCCCACGCCUCGCGCUGAGCCGCCCGGCGCGGAGGGUCUGCCGCCGCCCCUCCGGCCUCCCGCACGCCCGAUCCCGGGUCAGCCUCGGAGGCCUCGGCUGCCUCAUUUGUUUGGGUCUUUUGUGCGGUGGCUCCGGGUUGGCCAAGCACUCCUGCGCUGAAUCGGGCCAUUGUCUGCGCUCCCAUUGCCUUCACGCUGCAAGUCUCGGCGCCCCCACCCCGCCUGCCCCCUCCCCGCCUCCUCCGGGCCGGGGAGCCUCCUAACGUGCCUUUCCCCCCAGGAAUCUGGAAGCUAUAAGCCGGGCGGAUUGCAAAUGAAGUGUAAUGCAUUGUGGGACGUGUGUAAAAUCGGAGCCUUCGCCGUGGGGGUGUGGGGGGGCGUGGGGAGGGCCGGACCCGCCGCUGGCGGUGUAGACGCCGACGAGGAGGGGCUGGGAAAAUGUGCGCAGAGUCCGCCCGGGUCGUGCCCGCCGUAGACGGAUGAAGGAGCGCGCUGCGCCCCGGCGCUGAGGCCCCGAGGAUCGGGGCGGCAGGUCGCCCUCCCCACCAUGAAGAAGACCCGGAGCACAACCUUGCGGCGAGCCUGGCCUAGCUCGGAUUUCUCGGACCGGGCCUCGGACCGCAUGAGGUCCCGCAGCGAGAAGGACUACCGCCUGCACAAGCGCUUCCCCGCGGCCUUCGCGCCCCAGGCUUCGCGGGGCUACAUGACAUCAGGUGAUGUAUCACCAAUCAGUAUGUCUCCCAUCAGUCAGUCUCAGUUUAUUCCACUCGGGGAAAUCCUCUGCUUGGCCAUCUCAGCAAUGAACUCGGCAAGAAAACCUGUCACGCAAGAAGCACUGAUGGAACACCUGACCACGUGUUUCCCAGGUGUUCCAACCCCAAGCCAAGAAAUUCUGCGGCACACGCUGAACACGCUGGUGCGGGAGAGGAAAAUCUACCCAACUCCAGAUGGCUACUUCAUCGUGACCCCGCAGACUUAUUUCAUAACUCCUUCCCUCAUAAGAACUAACAGUAAAUGGUACCAUUUGGACGAGAGGAUACCUGACCGGUCUCAGUGCACCUCUCCGCAACCCGGGACCAUCACGCCCUCUGCCUCAGGCUGUGUCAGGGAAAGGACAUUGCCCCGAAACCACUGCGACUCUUGCCACUGCUGCAGAGAAGACGUGCACAGCACGCAUGCACCCACCCUGCAGAGGAAGUCUGCCAAGGACUGCAAAGACCCUUACUGCCCCCCUUCUCUGUGCCAGGUGCCACCCACUGAAAAGAGCAAAAGUACUGUAAAUUUUUCCUAUAAGACAGAAACUCUCUCAAAACCUAAAGAUAGUGAAAAGCAGUCAAAAAAAUUCGGGCUCAAGUUAUUCCGGCUAAGUUUUAAAAAAGACAAGAGCAAACAGCUGGCCAAUUUUUCUGCCCAGUUUCCUCCUGAAGAGUGGCCCCUGCGAGACGAGGACACGCCAGCUACGAUCCCCCGGGAGGUAGAGAUGGAAAUCAUUAGGCGCAUUAACCCAGACCUGACCGUGGAAAAUGUCAUGCGGCACACGGCGCUCAUGAAGAAACUGGAAGAGGAAAAAGCCCAGAGGAGUAAAGCCGGGUCCUCUGCCCAUCACAGCGGAAGGAGUAAAAAGAGUAGGACUCAUCGGAAGUCCCAUGGAAAGUCGCGGUCUCACAGCAAGACACGAGUGUCUAAAGGAGACCCCUCCGACGGUUCACAUCUGGAUAUCCCAGGUGAAAGAGAGUAUGACUUCUGUGAUCCUCUUUCCAGGGUGCCCAGGGAGGGCUGCUUCAUCAUUGAACACAAAGGAGAUAACUUUAUCAUGCACAGCAACACCAACGUGCUGGAGUCCCACUUCCCCAUGACACCAGAAUGGGAUGUGUCUGGUGAAUUGGCCAAAAGGAGAACUGAGAUGCCUUUUCCUGAACCUUCUAGGGGAAGCUCCCACUCAAAAGUGCACCGAAGCCACAGCCAUACCCAGGACCGGAGGUCCAGGAAUGAGAGAUCCAACAAAGCCAAGGAGAGAUCCAGGUCCAUGGAUAACUCCAAAGGCCCUCUGGGUGCUUCUUCUCUAGGGACGCCAGAAGACCUGGCUGAAGGCUGCAGCCAAGACGACCAGACCCCCAGUCAAUCCUACAUUGACGACAGUACUUUAAGGCCUGCACAGACUGUUGGUCACCAAAGGGCUCACAUUUCGUCCACAAGCUAUAAAGAGGUGUGUAUUCCAGAGAUAGUCAGUGGGAGCAAGGAACCAUCCAGCGCUUGUAGCCUUUUGGAGCCAGGCAAACCACCUGAGAGUUUGCCGUCCUAUGGCGAACUCAACUCUUGUCCAACAAAAACAGCCACAGAUGACUAUUUCCAGUGCAACACCUCUAGUGAGACAGUGCUCACGGCACCAUCACCUCUGGGAAAGAACAAGGAGGACCAUGACACUCUGACUUUGGUAGAAGGGGUGAAAAAGCUCUCCUCAUCUGAUAGGCAGGUCCCCCACUCCUCCAGGGAGCCUGUAGGACACAAGGAGGAGUCACCAAAAGGGCCAGGUGGGGGCCCCGCUGCUUCGGGAGGAGUGGCUGAAGGGAUCGCCAACGGACGCCUCGUCCAGCACCAUGGUGCCGAGCCCAGCAGCUUGGACAAGAGGAAAGAGAUAUUUAGCAAAGACACCCUGUUCAAACCUCUUCACAGCACCUUGUCUGUAAACAGCUAUCACAAAUCCAGCCUGUCCCUCCUCAAAUCUCACCCGAAGACACCUACUGACACAUUGCCAGGCCGAUGUGAGAAACUGGAACCGUCCUUGGGGACCUCGGUGGCGCAAGCCACGCCUGCUUCCCAACGUCAGCAGGAGUCAGGAGGGAACCAGGAAACCUCUUUUGACUAUUACAACGUCUCUGAUGAUGACUCUGAGGAAGGGGCAAACAAGAACACGGAGGAGGAGAAAAAUAGAGAGGACGUAGGCACCAUGCAGUGGCUCCUCGAGAGGGAGAAGGAAAGAGACUUGCAGAGGAAAUUUGAAAAGAACCUCACCCUUCUCGCCCCGAAAGAAACCGACAGCAGCAGCAACCAGAGAGCCACCCAUUCAGCCCGGCUCGACAGCAUGGACAGCAGCAGCAUCACAGUGGACAGUGGAUUCAACUCCCCACGUACUCGGGAGAGCCUGGCUUCCAACACAUCAAGCAUUGUUGAAAGUAACCGUCGUCAGAACCCUGCUUUGAGCCCGGCCCAUGGUGGAGCUGGUCCAGCCUUCAACUUCCGAGCGAGCACGGACCCGCCGACAAAUGAAGCUGAGAAGCUGCAGAAACCUUCCAACUGCUUGCAAGCUUCUGUUACUAGUGUGUGAUAGUCCUUCUGCCUCAGAUCUUCUGUCUCAUUCGAUACAGCAAAGUUUACGACACUGGGACUGAUGUUUACAUCUUUGGAAAGACAAGCAUCUCAACCACAGUUUUUGUGUUUACUUAAACUGUGCUGCUAAGUAGGGCUAGGGCAAAAAAACACAAAAAAUCUUUAUUUCAGAGUAUUGCUUUUCACAUGUAUGGCUCUGUAGCAACUGAAUAACAGUAGGGGUGAUGUGUAUACUUUUGCUUCACUAAUUGUAUCUGAGCACACAUAGGAAAGUCUAGACACUGUAAGUGUAAUAUGCAUUUUCAAUGUCAUGCAGUUGCCAAUUCCAUUUUAAAAUGCCACAGAUGCGUGUUGCUCCCAGUCUGUGGUUAAACGAUGCCACAGAACUGAUCCUUGACACUUCCAAAAACAAACAAAAAAAAACAAAAAACAAACAAAAAAACAAAAAAACGAAGCCACCACGAAAUGUCAAAUGCAAGGGUCCACCUUGAGGGAAAUAGAUGCCAAACUAACUAGAAGGGACCCUGGCCCUUUGUGUGUGAAUUGUUUAUGCACCAUUCCUUUUUCACUGUGAGUUUUUGUGACACUAUUUUGCAGGAGCCCAUGGAAGUGUGUGAGAAGGGGUCGCAAUGGAAAUCGCUGGGAGUGAAUGUUUUCAGGAUUUUGUUUUCAAGUGUAACAGAUGCUUGUCUGAUUUUUUAACCUUCCAUGAUCACAAACAGGAAUAUAGGCCUUUGAAUCUGAAGUGGACAAAGGAAAGGAGUUUCCAAUCUGGCUGGGGCACAGCACUAGGUGAUGGGAGAGGUGAUGUGGACUUGUAAAAGGUAUUACUCAAAUAUCGAAGGAAGAGAAUUUCCUCCUUGUGAUACUUAGGAUGACCCUAUCUUACCCAAAUAGAUACAAUAAUUAGUUUGUUUAAAAGCAAAAUGUUCUUUGUGAUACAAAUGAAGAGUAUGGCCUGAGGAUGUUAUUCUUUCUAAUGGAAGGACAUAAAUCUAUUUUAUGUAGUUUUAGAUAGAAUGCCUAAAUUAGGCUGUGGGAGAUAAUUUUUAGUGGUUAUAGGAAAGAGCAAAUUUAGGGAGAGUUGAACUUCAGGCCUUUUAUUCCUGGGAAGAUAUCUAUAGAGAAAACUUUUAAAAUAAUUUUUGAUUAGAAAUAUACAUGUGCCCAUGUAAUAAACAACAGAAUGUGCUCAUUCUGCUAGUGUGGUAUAAUCCUAAUUUGUACUCCCCUAAAAUUUAUCAGAAGAACAAUUAUGCAUACAUGAACUAUGCCAGAGUAAUGUUUACAGAUACUUUGUAACCAAUUUCAGGAGGCGUUUUUAGGUGGAUGUGUAGUUAAUUAGCCCAACUUAUUUCAAAAUGGUUUGUUAACAUUUUGCUUUGGUUUCCAAUGUCAUGUUGAACACAAAGAAGACCCAGCAGCAAAGGGAUGACCAAUAAUUUCAUCUUAUGGCAAAGAGACAUUCCAACGUUCCCAUGUUUUAUUUUCUGAGAACAGUGGAACAGAUCUGUAGUAAUGGAAUAUUAUUUGCAAAAGGGUUACAUAGGACACAAGUAAGUGUCCUGACAUAAAGUUUUGUUUAGUUCAGUGGCAUGUGCUGCUGGGAGCCAUACACCAUAAAAUAUAUAUAUAUCCCAAAAUAAAUCUAGAAUAUUUUCACCUCCGAUUUCAGUAACUGGCAUAUGAUUUGUGAGACACAUCUGUUUUUGUAUUAGGUUUAAUCACUAGCAAUCUGUUUAAAGAAUCCAGUCCUAUACACGGUUGGACUCAUUCUUGAAACCUUUACAUGCUCCCUCAUAGUUUUUCAGUUAUUUGGAAGUUGCAUUGGGUCAAACUGAACUCCUUGAGUUUGGUAUAAAUUCCUUUUUUGUACUUACUAUAGUGAAACUUCAGCACGUUUCUUAGUAAACUCCCAUACCAUUGAAAUGCUUAAGCCAGUUGGCUUUCAGUCUCAUGCCUUAUUUCCUCCAAGGCAUGCCUCGACGCAUUGUUUGUCUUAUUGCUUAAAUAUGUCCAGAAGGAAUGAUCAUGUAUCUAAUAGACUACAUAGUCGGUUCCCUGCUUAAAUAUGUCCGGAAGGAAUGAUCGUGUAUCUAAUAGACUACAUAGUCGGUUCCCUUGGGGAGUUACAUAUCAUACGGUUACUAAAUUUUUGUCUAAAUUCAUUUUUUCCAAAAAGCUGCUCUCAAAUUUUUCUUCUACUCUCAGUUCAUAAAUAAUAUAACCAUGGACACAACACAUCAGCCUCUAGCUGGUCCUCUGAAAGUAGCCUUGGAAAUAAUCGAAUGCUGUGUGAACAGGAAAGGAAAGCAUUCCCUUUAAGAGAAGCUUUAAAAUAGGAAUUAUUGAUAUUUCACGAGAUAUAGGUUUACAGAAGACAUUAUUCAAAUAAAUAUGUACACUAUUUGCCUGAUGCUAUGGGGUACAUAGUUUUUUAAAAACUCCCUUAGACCAGCAGCCAUUCGUGUAGAAAGGAUGGACUUUAAAGGUGAUACCAUGUAAGCAGAUGUUGCAUAUAAAAAUAUUCCUGCCUGAAUCUGGUUGAGAUUCUUGAACAGGGGAGGAGUGGCUGCUGGCAGCACAUUACAAAUGUCAUCCAAGGUCACGGUGAGGCUCUCGGUCCCGGAACAGUGGGGUCCUCGCCAGGCGUUGCCAGUAUCCUUUUCCUCCUGUGAAAUCAUAGCUUUGUGUUACACGACUGCUUAUCCAGCCUUAGGGUUUAGCAACUGAAAGGUUUACAAAACCGAAUCUGGUUGAAUCUCUGUGAAAGGGUCAACACAUCUGUCGGCAUUUUGCACACUUAUGUAUUAUUAUGAUACAACAUAUUACUUUAUGGUAAUUUUUAUUUUUACAUAUAACUACCUCCAUAAAUUUGAUGAAAUGGCAGCCGUGUGUUAAAGUGUAUCGUUCAGAAGCGCAAAGUUGAACACUUCCUUCAACAUUAGGGCAUGGCGUGCUGUGUGUGUCAGUGAUUGCCUCUGUGGACUCAUGACUUUCCAUCGCCAUGGCUUUCUCGUACGCCCUUGUUUGGCUUUCAGAUGUAAUCCUGUCUUCUCCUCUCUUCCCCACAAAAGCGCACUCGAUUCUGUUAGGAAUGAAGGGAAGUUUAAAAAUUCUUGUGCCCACCCCCGCCCCCCACCCAUUCCUGUUAAAAGUUCUCUGGCGAAGAGCCAAUGGGUGAACGUAAUUGAGAGAGCUAUUUACUCCUUUGGAAAUCUGAUUUGAAGUCUAAGUUUUCAGUAACAGAAGACACACAAGCAAUGUGGACUGCCAAGCUUGAAGCACUUUGGGCUCUGCCUUCACUCGCAUGCUACCAUGUUGAGCCCAAACUCCACUUUAAUUAAAAGAGCUGUGCUGUGAAUUCCACAACUUCUGUUAAAUAAUUUGUAUUCCAUUAUAUAUAUUUUGCACAUCUCAGGGGACCAUAAUAAACAUAUGAACGGGGGGGGGGUGCCAUCAAAUAGAGAAAACAAGUAGAAGAGGUGAAUGGAGACUAGCUGGAUAAAAAUAACAAAUUACUGCUUCUCUGAUGUUGUGAAGGUAGGGUUCAGGAAGCGUCAAUUCACAGUUAAUCUGGAAUAACAGUGAUCUGAACACCAGCUGUUGCCAGGUCCCUCUUUUUGAUAGCCCAACCAGCAUUUCUAAAAUGUAAAUUUAAAUUGCAUUGCAGUCACCAUGGGGAGAAGAAACCUGUUCAGUGGAAGCAGAAGCAUUGUUCCUUUUUUAGGUUGGCGCAGCUUUGCAAAAUUCUACCCAGGAUAAACCACUUAUCACCACCAAGUGUACUUGAAAAUAAAGUUUUUAACUUCAAUUACAAGCAUAUUGCUCACAAUACAAUAGUGAUCAUUUUUUGAAAGUCUCGCCAUUUAUAACAUGGGCAGUAUUUGGAGCUUGAUUUAAAAACCAACAACAUAAUGACUUUGCACGAUUCACUUUGGGAUCUCAAAGUGCUUCCAAAGCAUUCAGAUUCACAAACAAUUCACAAGACAGGUCAUCUUUGUAAUACCCAUACUUGAAAUGAAUAAAACAAAAGGAGUGACUUAAGAUUCCCCAGAAACACAGUGGCAGCUAUCAAUGAUCUGUUUUCUAUCUGUUUGAUAGACCAUCAUGAGAAAUCACUAAAUACAAUGCUAUUUUUCUGAUGUGUGCUAAUAAAGUCAAAGAAAACAAAUACAACUUGACACUUUUGUCCAUUUUCAUUCAAAAAAAAAAAAGUUCAGGGUGUCUGGAAUUUUACACCUCAGCACACCUUACUGGUAUCGAUGGAUGAAGCUGGUGAUUGACAGAUCCACCCAAAUGCCAUUGCAGUCAGAAGCAGAUCUGGACACACACCCUUGUUUACAGUUUCAUACUGGGUUUCUAUAGUUCCCGUGCUAAAUCAUUCAGGAACACGACUGCUCCUGGCAGUGGAAGGUGCUGAAACAGAAAUUUUAAUUAAAAACUUUAUCAAGUACUCUUCACAGUGCUCCUUGGCACCGUAGAAAUUCAGUACAGUCUAUCGAGCCCUACUUUGGAGGAGCUGGAUUUCUGAGGGAGCUGAUCCAGUUCUAAGUGUUUUCUCAAAUUAGGAGAUAGAUGAUCUUUGACAGGGAUCUCCUCCAUCACCACAGGCCAGUCACAACUAGCCACGUGCUGCCAGACCUCAGUGGCCCAAGCAGGAGCGAUCUCUUCUUUCCCCGGUCUCCCCCAGGACCGCCCUGCCCAUUGUCAACAUCAUCCAGGGCUCCUCCGGUAGUGAUUGACUUUUCUACACAUGUUCAGGGCUUGGGGGAGCUAGAACACAGGAAACAUGAAUGCAAAAGGCACGGAAAACACUGUUUUGCUUUGGGUUAGUAAAAUCUGGGCAGGAAAGAGAUUACUAUCAGUCUGAGCUUUGCCAAGUGAGAUAAAAGAAUCAGCUGUCGCCCCAUUCCUCUCCCAGAAGGUCUUAUGGUAUUAAGGAUCCAUCCAAUAUUCUCCCACAGAUUUUUAUUCAGGAGAUGUUUCAUAAAUUACAUAUAUGAAAACAUUCAUUAUUACAUUUCAUUGUGUGUUUCACACAGACAUUGGCACCUUCUUAUUGGGUUAAUACUCUGCAUCUUUUGCUGCAGCAGCCCACAAGGAGAUUCCCAGUGAUGGCUCCCCUCACACACAAUCCUGUGAUUUUACAGUUCUAUGACUUACAGUUGAUUCACAAGAUUCAGAAUUCUACAAGACUCAAGGGGCACUAAACUUUCUUAUGAUUGUACAUGAUCGGUUAUAGGGCUGUAAUCAUUAAUUGUUGGCUUCAAAUGUGGACACACACGCACACACACACACACACACCAUGCCAAGAAGGAAAGGGGGUGUUUCAAGUCAGGCAGCGAUGAUUCUGGAAGGCUGGAAAUGUAAGGUUAGAAGCUUGACUGGUCCGUGCACAGUUGCCUGCCUCCCUGUCCCAAGGCUGAUCUUAGUGAACCUGUUCCCUUGCUCCCACCAAGAAGAGGUACCAAAUGUGAGACCUGAGAUCUCCAAUAUCUGUCCUCUGAAGUUGCAGGAAACUAAUCAUGGAGUACACACGCAGCAGCUCCUCCGCAUCCUUUCCUCCGAGGUCCUCCUUUCCAUUCUCCCACCUAGAUACUGACACGCCAUCACGGUUUCCACAUUGGAAGGGCAGAACACUGUGCAGUAUCGCGCACACUCGCUGGGUUAGGAAUAGAACUGCCCUAGGGUCACCUUCAUGCAAGUAUUGACAGCUACAAAUUAAAGUCCUUAGAGCAGUUGACACAGAUACUACGUUCUAGAAGAGAAUUAAAUUUAAACGUCAAGUUUAAAGGGAUCAUAAUUCUGCAGGUAUCUUUCUCUGAGUGACUGAAUGUGACUAUUGCAUUAGGGUAAAUGAAUUAAGACGUGCAAGUGGGAUUUACUGUAUGUUAGAAAGGAGUUUUGCAGCCAAGACUGCCUUGAAUAAAAUGUGUUUGCACUGAAAAAAAAUUUUAAAUUACUUGGUCUCUGGUUGCUGUAAAGGUCAUCCAAGAUGGAUGUUCUGUUUAUAUUGUAUAGUAUUUCAUAUGAAAUAAUUACAGUUCAUGAAAUGUCUUCCCUAAUGUUACUGAUUUAUAACAGCACAUUUGUAACAUGGUUUUUAUCGUGUCCGUGUACCAUACUGUAAAUGAUGAUUACUUGUCAUGCUUAGUAUAAUAACUUAAAAGAAAAAAAAGGACAGGGAUUUUUGUAAGUCUAUAUUUGAAAGUCCCUCCCUAUGGUGAUACUGUGUUCAUGUUGUUUAUGUAGUGUUGUGUGAAAUAUCCAUUUUGGAUUGUGUUACUUUUUAAGAUAUUAAAUAACAUUUGGUUAUA